AUGUGGCUAAUGGUAGUAUCUGCGACUAUUUUGGCAGCGUGUAUACACGCUGAAAUCGUUGAUGUGUUGAAAGCGUCCCCUGGUGUUAGACGUGAUUUACUAUCAUCCCAACGAUAUGAUGUCAAGAGAACCCAACCGAAUAUACCGAUUAGAAGAAGUACUAGUAGUGAAGACAGAACGAAAAGAUUACUUGCCAAUCGAGCGCAGAAGACAGCUAAUAGGCAGCAUCUGAAACAGUUUCAAGCAACAGAUUUCCCUCUACCAACGGUAAAUUUGCCUACCGACAUGCCUUCUCAAAGGACGGAAAUGACAACAGAGUCAUCGGAAAUGACAACGCAAUCAUCCACAAUGACGUCAUCCUGGUCUUCUCCAACUGAAAUGUCGUCAACGUGGUCGUCUGGAUCUUCAACAUACUUAACUGGAUCGACUGAAACGUAUUCUACAUACUCUACAGAAAAUCCUGAAAAAUGUGCAGACGAUUACGCAGAAUGUGGAAGUUGGCUUCGAGAUUAUUAUGACAAUAAUCUCGUUAAAUUUUGCGGAAAAUAUGGAUACGACUGGUGGUGUUGUGGAACAUGUCUUAGCUGGGAAACAAAGUCAGAAGAGUGUAAAGAUGAAUACAGUGCCUGUCGUGAGGUGCUGGAGGCUAUUUAUUACAAUGACUUCGAUUCAUUUUGCUUAGGGUGGGAGGAUACGUGCUGCGCCACGUGCUCUGACGGUGACAAUGGCAAUAAACCGGAUGAAUGCGUGGACAAAGGCUAUGGCGGAUCGACUUGUGAAUCUCUGCUCAAGUGGGGGGUAGACGGCGAUAUGAAAGAAAUGUGUGGCCUUUUUGGUAAGGAAUGCUGUAAAAUGUGUUCCGAUACUAGCGAGGAAAAGCAACCCGACGAAUGCGAAGAUACAGGGUACAACAAUUCUAGUUGUGAAGAUCUGUUGAAAUGGGGUGUAGAUGGUGAUAUGGAAAAAAUGUGCGACCUUUUUGAAGAGGAGUGUUGUAGCAUGUGCUCUAGAAAACGCGACAAAGGGAAUGAUAGAGAUGCAAUGCGCAAAUAAUUUAGAAUAUGGUCAUAUCUUAAGUAGCUGGGGAUCGACUUGUAGCUGGAGAUCGGCUUAUAGCUGGGGAUCGCCAUAGAAAAGAUUUAGAAACUGUCUGAACUCAUAUCGUACAAAGUUGAUUUGAAAUUAGUAAUAAUGACAACGUUCUCAUGCACUUCAGUGCACGUAAUUGCUUCUUCUACGUUAAUUAUGGAUUAUGAAACACUCACUUGUUUAUUUCUUCAUUAAAAUGAAUAUACUUCUUGGAAUAUUGUUUUCUUUGCGAUUAAGAUAUUCAGUUGUUUAAAAUGUUCUUGUACACUUGUUGUUUUGUUAACUGAAUUCGUUUAUGAAAUAGUUCUGUUGUUUAAUAAAAAUAACAAACGCAA